UCGACCAGUCACAGUAGCUGUUUGUUCCUUCUUUAACAGGGCACUCAGCCGUUGAAGUGGACCUGUAACCGCUCAAUUGCAGUCGCCUUCCCCCGCUACAAUCUGCUUAGAUUCCAUUGGACUCCUCCAGCAUCCUCCCGUUGCCGGUCACCCCCAUCCUUCCCCAAUUUUUGUUGCAUUUUAUACAGCCAACUGAUAGGUCAUCUUCAAUUGAGACGGCAACAUGAGCGGCGGAGGCGGCGGUUUAAGCAAGCUAGGGGUUGCGCUCACUGUGAUUUUCGCAAUUACGCUGGUGGCGCUCUUCGGUCAGCUAUUCCACUUCCUAUGGCGGCGACGCGUCGAGCAGCGACAAAUAUUGCGCGGCGGGGACACGGAUCACCUCAAUUUGUAUAAUUCUUCGUCAAAUUCUUCUAGUUUCUCUUCGAAGGAGCUACUCUACUUCCUGUGUAUUCGAGCGCAAUCUCGUAAUGCGUCUAACUCGGUAACGAGCUCUGGUGCGGUGGAUGAUCGGCGCCGGCGGCAGUUGGAGUUGGAUGUGGAAGGCAUCGAUGUGGAUGUGUUCCAAAUCCAAGGGAUGUUCGGACCUCCGAGAUUUUUGUUCACUAUAAAGGAGGAGGAGAAAGAAGACCUGGAAUCGCCUGCAGAUACGUCGCUGCACUCGGCCGAUAGGUUGUCGAGGAAGAUCGGAGAUGUGAGUAGGAAUUGUACGGAGAGUGGGAGCUUGGGUGCAGGGGAAGAUGAGGCUGUGCAGCAGCUGAGAAUAAUUGAUGAUCAGGAUACGACGCCGUUUUCGACUCCAUGUGCUUCGCCUUCGUUUUUUACUCCGGCGACUUCGCCGGUCCACGAAAGGAGUCGGUCAGUUAGUCAGGGCAAUUAGUGAUUGAUUCAUUCAUUGCAGGGCACAGGACAGCUAGCGUGAUGACGACGUCGUUUCGGAGGUAAGUGUACGGAUACUUGCAGCCAACACUGUGAAUUAAAUGGUCAGGUCAGACACCGACUUUGCAAGAUUUUGUCGCUCUUCUUUGUUUGGGUAAUUCUAUUCUACCGUAUAAAUCUUUUUUCUUUCUUUUUUGUUUUAAUGAAACAAGAUCGUCUUUUUUUCGAAUUUGUACAGGAUGAAAAUGUAAUAAUAAUUUUUAUUGGAUCGAUUUUGACUUAAUCUCUCAGGUGAAUUUGGAGGCGUUGGAGUUUAAACCCAUGACCUCAUGGUGAUAAGUUCAGUCUCCACACCACCGGACCAUCCCUUACGAUGACACUAUCCUACUAUGUAAUUAUAUUGUUGUAAGGUGUGGUUGUGUCAAAAUGCAGUUUGUUUGGGGAUUGGAUUUUAAAUGCACUAUCUAUCCCAUUUUUUUUUCCCCAAAAACAU